UUCAAGGGAGUUUUCACGAUUCUGGGGAUACAUUAACAAGGAUUCUACAUUAUUGCUGGGAAAAGACUCCCAUGAAAAAUCGUCGUGAUGAGAGAACAUGGCGUAUAUAGUGAGGCGAGGCUGCACUAGACACUGGACGUCAGUCUGGCCAGGACCGCCACCAAGGAAGCACGAGAUGACCACCUCCCUGGAUAAAUCACACUUCGUAGUCACCACUCUCAUAAUUGGUUCACGUAAACGCACUAAACUUAGUGUGGUAUAUCAAAUGUUAACUUAAGUGAAAAUACAGUGAAGAAACGUAAAUGCUGAGCUAUAAAAGGAAAGAGAAGAAACAAGAGCGAAGGAAAUAACAGGUAAUAAAGAAUACUUGUUUGGAAAGACAGUGAAAAAAAAAGUAAUUAAGAAGAGAAGGAAACAAAGGACAGUGAUAAAAGUGACAAAAAAAGAAUAAAAUAAAGUAAGAAUAAAGUAACAAUAAAGAAAAGUAAAAAGAGAAAAAUAUACCCAGAAAACGAAUCAUAAGUGAAGUACCAUUAGAAACGAAACCUUUGAACCAGUGAACACGAACCAAGGUACCCAACUGAAUCCAUCUGGAUGCUGCUUGUUUCACGAAGGUCGCCGCAUUGUGGUGGAUGAUGCGCGUGCCCCGGCAGCAGCACCAUCACCACCAGCAGGAGGAGAUGAAGGGCAGGAGCGUGUCCGUGGGGAGGCUGCUGUGUGUGUAUCCAGUGCUGAGGACCACGUAUCCCUUCGCGCAGUACUAUGAAGCAGGGAUGGGUGAAGUGGUGAGGGAUCCAGUCUUCAACGUUAUACCAAAGAACAGCACAUUCUUCUUGAUAUGGAGGGUGGAGAACCUGGAGCUGGUGGCUCUGAAGCGUGAGGACUAUGGGAAGUUCCACAAGGGCGACUCCUACUUGGUGGUGAACGCCAGCGAGUAUGGCAAGCCUGGGGGCAUGCAAGACAUUCCGCAUCCUCCUCGCGGGAAGCUGGAUAUCCACAUUCACUUCUGGCUGGGCAGCGAGACGAGCACAGACGAGGCUGGCGUGGCGGCGAUCAAGUCCGUGGAGCUUGACGACCUGUUGGGAGGUGGCCCCGUGCAGCACAGGGAGGUGGAGGCCAGCGAGAGUAAGCGGUUCCUGUCCUACUUCAAGAAUGGCAUCAGGGUGCUGCAGGGGGGCGUGGCCACGGGGUUCAGGAAAGUGACAGAUGACUUCCAGCCAUCCAUCUACCACGUGAAGGGCAAGAGAACCACGGUGGUCAAGGAAAUGCCGAAGAUUGAAUGGAAGGCAAUGAAUGAUGGAGAUGUGUACGUGCUGGACACCAAGAGCAUCAUCUAUGUGUGGGUGGGCAGAAACAGCAACAACAUUGAGAAGCUGCAAGGUGCCAAGUUUGCCUCGACACUGAAACUAGAGCAUGGCGGUGGCACAGUGGUGGUGGUGGAGGAUGGGCAGGAGGCAGCACUUCAGGACAGGGAGAGGACUGCCUUUGAGAACCUGCUGCCUCUCAACAACAAGCAGGUCACACCCGCCGCCGACGCUCCUAAGGACGAGACUGUGGCACGCCGCAUCUGCCAGGAGCUGAAGCUGUUCCGCUGCACUGAUGAGUCUGGCACACUGAAGGUUGUGGAAAUAAAGAAUGGGCCACUCUUCCAGGCUGAUCUUGACCCCAAUGAUUCGUUUAUCAUUGACAACGGGUCAGAUGGCAUCUGGGUGUGGGUGGGGAAGAACGCCACCAAGAAGGAGCGAGAGGAGGCACUGAGGAACGCCCAGGGCUUCAUCACCAAGAAGGGAUAUGCACCACACACUCAAGUGUCUCGCAUCGUACAGCAUGGGGAACCUCCGGAAUUUAAGACUCUGUUCAAGGACUGGAGGGACAAAGACCAGAGCAAAGGUUUUGGCCGCCAAGUCUCAACCACCAAGAUCGCCACCACUGUUCAGACCAAGUUCGACGCCACCACCCUGCAUUCGAGGCCUCAGCUUGCCGCCUCCACUCAGAUGGUGGAUGACGGCAAGGGGCAGAAGGAAGUGUGGAGAGUGAAGAACUUUAAUCUGGUUCCCGUGCCAGAGAAACAAUUUGGGGAGUUCUUCGCUGGUGACUGUUACAUUGUGCUGUACGCUUACAUUGAGGGCAGCAAGGAACACUACAUCCUUUACUAUUGGAUUGGCAGCCACGCUAGCCAGGACGAGGCAGGCACAGCAGCAGCGAAGGCAGUUGAGUUGGACGACAGGUUGGAGGGGCGCGCUGUGCAAGUGAGAGUGGUGCAGGGCAAGGAGCCACCACACUUCAUGGCUGUGUUUGGUGGAAAAAUGGUCAUCUUUGAGGGCGGCUAUGCUUCCUCCUUUGAUGGGGCCGGGACUCGUGAUCAGGGCCGCAAGUCUUCCUAUAUGUUGCAAGUUCGUGGCACCACCAACCACAACACCAAGGCAGUAGAGGUUGACAUGCGAGCCGGCUGCCUCAACUCCAAUGACUGCUUCGUGGUGGCAACACCACAGCUGACCUACGUGUGGUGCGGCAAGGGCUCCACUGGGGACGAGAGGGAGAUGGCCAAGUCCCUCGCUGCCAGCAAAGGGGAGACACUCAUGGUUUCUGAAGGGUACGAGAAAGAGGACUUCUGGCAGGUGCUUGGAGGGAAGGAGACUUACGCCAGCUCCAGCAGACUCAAGGAGGAGCAGCUUUCCCACCAGCCGCGACUCUUCCAGUGCUCCAAUGCUUCUGGUGUCUUCAAAGCGGACGAGAUCAUCAACUUCUCUCAGGUUGACCUGGUUGAUGAUGACGUGAUGUUGCUGGACACCUGGGACACCAUCUUCCUAUGGGCCGGACACCACUCCAACAAGACAGAGCAAAAGUCCGCAGACAUCCUUGCCAUUGAGUACUUGAGGACAGACCCUGCUGGACGCAAGGACAUCCCCAUCAUCAAGAUAAAGCAAGGAUUCGAGCCACCAAACUUCACUGGGUUCUUUGGCAUCUGGGACAACGACCUCUGGAAUGAGAACAUGACGUAUGAUGACAUCUGUGAGCGGCUGGAGGAGGCGGCGCCGGGAGCCACAGUGCUGGUUACGUCCUCCUUCUCCUCUAGCUCAGGGCGAGGCAAGAGGACCUACCCGCUGGCCAUCCUUAAGGUGAAGGAUGUGGAGAAGCUACCCCCAGAGGUUGACCCAAAGCAUAAGGAGGACUUCCUGAGUGAGGCAGACUUCCAGACAGUGUUUGGCAUAGAUCGCGACACUUAUGAUGAGCUGCCACAGUGGAAACGAAUCAACCUGAAGAAGAAAGCUGGACUGUUCUAGGCAGAUGCUGACUGAUCAAGACAAUGGAUUAUUUUAAGAGAGGGAUAGAGUAAGGAGGGAUUGUAAGAAGGAGGGGACAGAUCAAGAAAAGAGAUUAUUUUAAGAGAGGGAUAGAAUAAGGAGGGAUUGUAAGAAGGGGGAUGUGUUUAUGAUAACAUACAGAUCAAAAUGACAAUUUACAUUGUGGUACUCAGCAUAUGACUCAUUUGACUUAAGACCAAUGCAUCAUCUGACCAAAGAAAUAUUCAUUUUUGGGGUUUUGUCUACGACAACUAAAUUGGCACACGACUAACAUGUCACUUGGGUGAGUACAAAAUUCAUAACUUUUUGUGAUUUUACUGGCACCUUUGCUGAUGGUAAACACACUGCUGUAUUGCAGGUAAAAGACAUAGUCUAUAAUGUAUUUUACUGCUCUUUUUAAUUUUUGGAUUUUUUGCAAGAAUAGCCUUGUCAUACAACCAAUUUUUACUUCCAACAGCAAUUUUAGAACAGAUUGUGGCUGUACAGUAAGAAUGCCAGUGUACUGUAAGAGAGAGAUUAAGGAGGAAUAUUGUAAUAAAGAAAGGAUAUUGUUUUUAAGACUGCAGACAGAUCAAGGAGAUGGAUUAUUUUAAGACAGAUAAAUUAAGGAGAAAUUGUAAGAAAUAAAGGAUACUGCUAACACUGCAGAGACAGAAAAAAGUGACAGUGUAAGGAGAGGAUGGUAAAGAGGAAUACAAACUUAAGAGAAUAGAAAUAGAUUAAGGAAGGAUUCUAAGAAAAAUGUGGCUUGUUUUAAGAGAAUGUAAAUAAAAAGAUGGAAUUGUUUUAAGGCAAUGCUUAUGAUGAAGAAAGGGGGAGAAAUUUUAAGAGAAUCAUGAAUUAAUACUAUAAUAAGAAUGAUGAUUUUACUUACACAGACAGCACAACUUUUCUGGCUUAGUUAAUAUGUGAAACUGACAGAGAGAGAGAGAGAGAGAGAGAGAGAGAGAGAGAGAGAGAGAGAGAGAGAAUGAUAAAUAUACACACACACACACACACACACACACACACAUACAAGCCAUAGUAUGCAUCUUGAAAUGACAAUGAACAAUCUUAUCAUUUAUGAAUUAUAUAAGCAUCCAUUCCCUCAGUGCACACAUCACACAGCCCCACAGCAGCCAUCUUCCUGGGACCACAUUCCCAAACGUGCUAGCAUCUUGUGUUGACUAAAGGCCUGCAGUGAAGGUUAUUGGGGUUCUCAAGGGUGCCUCCAUAAUGCUAAUGAUAAGAAGAAAUUGGUUCUCAAAUAGUGGUAGAUGAAUGGAACAGACUCAGUAAUCAGGCUAUUAGUGCUUAGUCAUUAGGGGGCUUCAGAUCAUUUGACAAAUUUAUGAUGACAAUAGUGGAAAUAGGAAGGCUUGUUUGAUACAGGGACUGCCAUGUGUAGGCCUGAUGGCUUCUUGCAGCUUCCCUUACGUUCUUAUAGUUACUGGGAGAGCAUUUUACAAGAACUCAACUAAUCUCUGUGGCCUUUGAAAAUAGUCGUCAUGAGAGCCCUAAGUGUUUCCGAAUAUGGUUCCCGGCUACCCCUUCUGCACAAAAUAUAUUACCAGAUGUAUACCCACCAGUAUGUAUCUACUAAAAAGUCUUGCGAGCGAAGAUGUAUAAGGGAAUGCUGGUCAAUGUAUAUACAAGUUAAAGUU